AUGGUCUUUUGUUUGCUGUGCGCGGUAACUUUUUUCUCAUCACUUACGCUACUGGCUACCUACCUUGCGCUAGAUAUCGAUCCUCUUGUUGAAGACUCAGGGACACCCCCUGCUGAAGAAGUCGAGUGUGGAGUGGAGGAGCUUGCAAGACACUACAUGGGCAACCCGAGCUUCCGCCAGAUAGUGCACGAAAUGCACGACCACUUCGACAAAGCGCUCGUGGGUGAAAAUCCUUCCUACGAAGCACGCGUUUACAAAAAGUUCGAACACACUCCUACAGUUUAA